AUGGGCAGUGCCGACCCCCUCAAGGCAUGUCUCGAUGCCACUCUUUCUCAGGAUCAGUUCAGUGGGCUGGAGGAAACACUAAAGGACACUAAUGUGGUAGUUAUUGAUACUCCCUUUCCAAAGGCAGAAGGAACCCUUGAAGACAACUUCAUUGCCAACGCAAUGAUGGUGAGAGCAUGUGUUGAGGAAGUUGCUGGUCACUGCCCCGACGCUUUCAUCAUCAUUUCAAACCGAAUGCUCAACUCAAUUGUACCAAUUAUGUCUGCAGAGGUCUUGAAACAAAGAGGAGUAUAUGAUCCUAAGAAGUUGUUUGGUCUCAUGACACCAGAAACUGAGUUGGCAAGAGCUUUUGUUGCUGAGCGAUUUGUGCUAGAUGUGGAAGAUGUGCACGUCCCUGUUAUUGGUGGUCAUUGCAGCUUAACCGCUCUGCCACUUUUCUCCAAAACGACACCCCAUGUCAUCUUAUACAAGGACGAUAUCAUCUUGUGGACCUCCGAGAUCACCUACUCCAUAAAUAAUAGCAGUGAAUAUCUUGACUACUUUGCAGGAAAUCCAGAUCGUGAGUACUUUGAAGCCAGAGGAGCAGAACGUUUUGUCUUGUCGUUGCUGCGUGCACUUGGUGGAGCUAAUGACAUGUUUCAGUGCUGUUUUGUGGAAUCCAACAUGUUUGACGACAUUCCUUUCUUUGGAUCAACUGUGAAGCUUGGGAAGAAAGGAGUGGAAGCUAUUAUUGAGACUGACUUGGAAGGACUCACUGAGUACGAGGUCAAGUCCUUGAAGUAUCUCAAAGAAGAUCUCAUUGAAGACAUUGAGAAAGGUAUUGAGUUUGCAAAGAAUAACUCGGAGGUUUAUGAGACAAUACUUGUUUAG